AUGUCGGUCCGACAGACGAGGCGCCAAGCUGCCCAGGCUGCUGCCGCCGCCGCCGCCGAAUCACCCAACGCCGCAGUCGACGAACAGGUCACGAUGAAUGGCAUCAGCAACGAAGCUGCCCCAACGGAAGCCUCGGAGAACGCCCCUAAGGAAAACAUCUUCCUCUUCUGGCCCAACAUCAUUGGCUACUCGCGCAUCGUCCUCGCCGUCGCCUCCCUAUACUACAUGCCCCUCCAUCCGCGAACCUGUUCACUGCUGUACAGCGUGUCCUGCCUCCUGGAUGCACUCGAUGGAUACGCCGCGCGCGCUUUCGAGCAGUCGACCCGCUUCGGUGCCGUUCUGGACAUGGUCACCGACAGAUGCACGACCUCGUGCCUGCUGGUUUUUCUGUCUUGCGCGUUCCCCCGAUGGACCAUCGUCUUCCAAAUGCUGCUCUCCCUCGACUUCUCCAGCCAUUACAUUCACAUGUACGCUACCCUCACCAUGGGAGGCUCCGACAACAGUCACAAGAACGUCGACAAGAGCCGCAGCUGGCUUUUGAACCUGUACUACACCAACAAGACCGUUCUCUUCAUCUUCUGCGCCCUCAAUGAGCUCUUCUUCAUUGCGCUCUAUCUCCUCUCCUUCUCCUCGCCUCUCCUUUCGCCGUCUCUGCUCAACAGCGUCUCUAACUUGGACGCUGCCCAGAUCCAGGCCGGAGCGCAGGUGAACACGUCUUUGCUCAGCCAGAUCUUCCCCAACCCUUACAGUGCCGCCGCUCUCGAGAUGGCCCGCGCCAACAAAAUGGAUUCCUUCUGGCCCUGGGUGCUUGCUGGCGUCAGCUUCCCCGUCAUGGCAAUGAAGCAGUUCAUCAACGUCGUGCAGAUUGUCAAGGCAAGCAAGUGGCUUGCAGAGGGCGACCUGGCUCUCAGGAGGGAGAAGGGUCUCCCCAGAAAGGUGAAGAGCACUUAA